CAGGUGAUGGUAGGGGAGAGCGUUUACAUCAUGAGAACAGAACGCUCAAGUAAAGGAGAGCAAAUAUUUGCUGAUCAAAAGUCGGCUGUGACAUUACAAUAUCACCAUAUUUCCAAUUAUCAGAGAGUCAAGUCCAUUUAGCUGGCAAGUAACACCAACCAACAAGAAACCGAAGAGUGAAAUGGAGUCUCCAUUGCUGUUUGCCCUGAUUCUGUGCACGACAACCAUAGCAACAGCUGCACCUGGCCAGCAGAUAGAAGCCUCUGAGAACCCUUUACCCGUGGGCAGCAAUGUCACACUUUUCAGCCCGCAGGACAAUUUCACCACAGGGGCGUGGAUUUUCAACAAUAAUAUAAUUUUGCUGAUAUUCAAUGGAAAUCCAUUAAUAUUUAAGGCUUGGAUCAACAGGAUUACAUUCAAUUCAACAUUGUCAUCAUUGACUAUAAACUCAGUACAGCUGGAAGACUCCGGAUUGUACACAUUACAGGGAGUAAAUUCUUUUAGUUCUCAGUUAGAACUGUCAGUCCAAGUGCCUAUUGCAAAUGUGACUCUGAGGGCAAACGCAACCAACCUGGUGGAGUUCAAUGACACAGCAGUUCUCACGUGCUCUGUGCUCAAUGGCACGUCCCUGUCCUAUGUUUGGCUGAAGGGCAGCUCUGUGGUCACAGCCGGCGGGGGAGUACAGCUCAGCGAUGGAGGCGCCACUCUCACCCUGUCCGGGGUGACCCACUAUGAGGAGGGGUCCUACAGGUGCAAUGUGUCCAACGGUCUGAACCAUGAAAGCAGUCUCCCUGUGUAUCUGAAUGUCAGUUAUGGUCCAAGUAACACAACGAUUGUCCUCAUGCCCAUGAGGUCGACCUACAUAACAGGAUCUAACAUCACACUAUCAUGCUCAGCCGAGUCCAGCCCUCCAGCGAUUAUACAAUGGAUGGUUGAUGGGGUGGACCGAAAUCAUUUUGGAUCCCAGCUUCAACUGGAGAGGGUUACAGAGAGCAACUCAGGAAAUUACCAAUGUGUAUUUCACAACACAGUAACGUCCAGGUUCAGCAGCAACGGUGCAAUGAUCAGGAUUUUGGAGCCAAUAGCAGCAGUUGUGGUGAACUACACAGGUGGACCCGUAAUACUUCAUGAGCAGCUGAGUCUCAGAUGUGAAGUGAACGGAUCUGUUGACCGCAUUCAGUGGUACAGGGAUCAUCAACAUAUCACAGCUGACAAUACAACCUCCUUCGUCAUGAACAACAAGACAUUGAUUAUCAGCCAUGUCCAACUUUCAGAUGAUGGAAAUUAUCAGUGUGUGGCUUUUAAUUCUGUGAGCAACAUGACCAGCAGCCCCUACAUAGUGGAAAUAUACUAUGGACCGCAAAUGCCAACUAUCAUGGGACCACGUGCCGCCAAGACAGGAGACAAUGCUACAUUCAGCUGCCAUGCAUUAUCAAACCCUUCCGGCUCCUACUCAUGGUUCUUCAAUAAUUCUCAAGUGUCAAAUAUGUCCGAUUAUGUCACACCUCCUCUGAACAAAAACAUGAGUGGGAAGUACACCUGCAUGGUCUUCAACAAUAUCACCGGCAAAAACAGCACUGCAUACAGGAUGCUUACUGUUUUUGAUUUACAAGUGGAAUCACCAAUGCAUCCUGCCAUAGAGGAUCAUUUUUAUAAGCUAACAUGCAAGAGUGGACCUGCUGAGAAGGUUUACUGGAAGAAAGAUGGUCAACCACUGCGUGAAGGCACAACGGAUUCCUAUUUCGAUAACAAGACCCUCACUUUCAACCCACUCAAACAAAAUGAUACUGGACUCUACGAGUGUAUCGCUGUUAAUCCUCUUUGGAACAUGACCAGCCUUCCGUACAUGCUUCUUGUGAACUUUGGACCAGAAACACCUAUGAUUGAUGGGCCAGAUUUUGCUGAAACUGGACAGUACGCGGUCUUCACCUGUUCUGCCAUGUCGAUGCCAACCAGUCAGUUCAGCUGGUGGUUCAAUGGCUCCUACGUGGCCAAUUCUUCCGUGUUUACAACUGACAUUUUGUCACUAAAUAUGAGUGGAGACAUCACCUGCAUGGCUUACAAUGAUGUGACUGGAAAGAACGCCACAACAUCCAAGCUGUUCACAGUCAUUGAAGCAAAAGGGUCAGUGAUGAUCAGAAACAACACAGUUCCAAUAAACAAUGACAACUUCACGCUCACCUGUGACAUCACUGGGCCUUAUGACAGUAUCUUCUGGAUGAAGGACAACAUGUACUUCAACAUGACAGACUCCAUCGCUGAGCCUUACAUGUCCUACAAGUUUGAAAACAACACGCUGCAUUUCACUCCCGUGACCUUGAGCAAUGAGGGCACAUAUCAGUGUGUGGCUAUCAAUCUGGCUGGUGAACAUAAAAGCCCGAACUACAUGCUCCUGGUGAACUAUGGCCCUCUGAGUGUGAAUAUCUCCGGUCCAGAUUCAACACCAGGUGACUCCUACGUGUCCCUGACUUGCUCUGCGGAUUCUCGGCCAGAUUGCGACUUCCACUGGUUCUUCAACCAGUCAUCAGCGGCUCUAAAGAAUGGCUCUGUCAUCACUUUCCUUGCGGCUAAAGAGAACGAGGGAGAGUACACAUGCAAGGCGACAAACCCUGUGACUAACAUCUCAAUGUACCAGACCAAAGAAUAUACUGUCGCAGCUCACGCCUCCGCCCUCCACUUCCCGUCCCAAGGUGGUCUGAUGAUGAUGAUGAUGGGUCUGUUCGCUUUGUCUGUCCCUGUGCUGUUCCACUGAGUUCUCUGCACUGAGAAGUACAGUCACAUUGAAAGGCCUCUUGCUUCCAACUACAGACUUAUUGGAAAAUGAAAAAAAUGGUACUCUAUAAUCCAAAAUCGGAUGCCACUUUAUCCAUUCUUGUGGUUUUUGUUCAAAAUUCAAAGACAAAUUCGAAAGUGUGACAGAUUUAAAUUCAAGUUGCAGUUUGUUGCUUGAUAUUUAUUGGUAUAUAUUGAUUUAUUUUCAUUAACGUUGGUAAAAAUAGUUCUGUUAGUGUUAUUGUGAUGUUUGUUGUUGUCACUACCCAAGGUAGUUCAUUACAAAUAAUUAAAGAUAUUUGCAUAGUUUAAGAAGUGUAUUCCUCUAACAUAACGGCGUAGUCUUUGGGUAGGAACAGCAAUUAUUAAUUCUGAACAACAGCGGCUUUUUUUGUUAUAAUACUAUUAAAACAGUAAGUAAAUGUAAGCCUUAGCAUAACUUAAUUUAUGGUAAUUAUUUCUCAAUCAUUAAAUAAUCAACAGAAUCAAUGUUGUGGGGAAGAAUAGUUUCAUUCAUGCACAAUUUCAUUAGGGAAACAUUGUCAUAAACACUUUGCUGUUAAAAAAACAUUUAAAUAAAAAUAUAAGACAUGU